UUCAUUAGCCGCUGCUAGCUUCUGUAGGGCUAGCUCUCUCCUCCGUUUCUCUGCCUGUCCUCUCGAACUUUGGACCGGAACCCGGAUUUAGAUGGCCGCUGCCGCCCUGAAGAGCUGCUCUGCGUGGCGCUUUGCUAAGCUAAACAGUUUGCUCAGGACCAGUGUUCCCAGUCUGACAUUCCAGACCACGGCGUCUCCUAUGAUGGGUGCGACGGUGGAGCAGUUUGAACAAGCGAAGAGCAAACUGUCGGCGCUGAAGAAGGAUCCGGGGAACGAGGUCAAGCUGAAGAUCUACGCUCUGUUCAAGCAGGCCACUCAGGGUCCCUGCAACACUCCUAAACCAGGAAUGCUGGACUUUGUGAACAAGGUCAAAUGGGAUGCGUGGAAAUCUCUGGGCUCCAUCUCUCAGGAUGAAGCCAGGGAGCAGUACUGCAACCUGAUUGGCUCCCUGGUGGAGGCAGAGGGAGGAAGCUCCGCCCAGGUCACUGCAACGCCUGUUGGGGGCGGAGCCACAUACGAGACGCUGUUGGUCUCUACGGCCGAUGACAUCACCACCAUCAAACUGAACCGACCGGCCAAGAAGAACGCCAUCACACCUGAGAUGUACAACGAGAUCAUAGCAGCUCUGGAGCAGGCAGCUAAAGAUGAAGGAGCUGGAGACUUUUACUGCAGCGGGAACGACCUGUCCACCUUCACCAAGAUCCCAGAGGGAGGCGUCCAGGAGAUGGCCAGGCAGGGAGCAGAGCUGCUCAGGAAGUACGUCAGGGCGUACAUCGACUUCCCGAAGCCUCUGGUUGCCGUGGUGAACGGCCCGGCUGUAGGGAUCUCUGUCACCGUGUUGGGACUGUUUGACCUGAUCUACGCCACAGAGCGGGCCACCUUCCACACGCCCUUCACCCAGCUGGGUCAGAGCGCCGAGGGCUGCUCCUCCUACACCUUCCCCAGGAUAAUGGGCCCCACCAAGGCCAGUGAGAUGUUGCUGUUCAAUAAGAAGCUGACGGCCAGCCAGGCCUGUGAACUGGGUCUGAUCACAGAGGUUUUCCCCGACACCAGCUUCCAGUCCGAGGUCUGGACCCGGCUCAAGGCCUACGCCCGGCUGCCUCCCCAGUCCCUGGCGCUGUCCAAACAGCUGAUCCGGUCCGUGGAGAAGGAACGUCUCUACGCCGUCAACGACGCUGAGGUGGAGCGGCUGAUGGAGCGCUGGACCUCAGAGGAAUGCUUCAACGCCGUCAUGAGCUUCUUCCAGGCCAAAGCCAAACUGUGAGGGACCGGCAGAACCCGGCCGGUUCUGGGAGGAAGAGGAAGAGCUGAUGAUGGACUCGUCUUCAUGAUGUAGAUUUUUCAUUCUGACUUCGUUUACUAACAGUUUGGAUUUAACCUCAGAGAAUCUGAUCGAGCUGAAACAUCCAGAGGAGGUUCUGCAGCUGCUCCAGAUGUUCCUCUGGGAUUCUCCUCUGAACUCAGAGACCAGCUGCUGCUCGAGGUUCUGAUCCGGAACCAGAGGUUGGGUCGGAUGGAAAUAAACCGGUUCUGGACUGGAGUUAAAACACUGAUGAUUUUAAACUUUUUCAGAAUGAUCUGUGACUUAACCUUGAGUUUAUCUCUGAUAACAGAUCAAUAAAUGAUGAAUCGAUGAA